CCGUAGCUAGGUCAUGCUCCCAACCCUAGUCCACACCUACGUAUCCACUAUGAAGUUGAAUGUGGAGAGCUUGACUGCUAGCAGAAUAUAGCGGAAUAGCUCAGGGUAUUUACUCCCCAGAGUCCUGGACACGUUCUGGUCCUCAUCUGUACACUUUGGUCCAACAUCAUCCCCCUCUGAAGACCUCCAAGAAGCGACCUCCACGUUUGAGAUAUAGAAUGGCCAAUCGCCCGCCAGCACUUGAUCCUCUCGUCUUUUCGAUCCGUGACCUUGAGCGUUAUGGAUCAGAGAAUCUCUCCGACGCUUUCCGGGAAUACUACAAUGGUGGUGCUAUGGACAUGAUAUCGCUUCGGGAGAACGUCACAGCAUACGACAGAUACAAAAUUCGUCCUCGCAUCUUGAGGAACGUUUCCAACGUAGACACGAGCGUCACGGUCUUUGGCAGGAGGAUUACAUUUCCUUGCGGUUUCAGCCCAAGUGCGAUGCAUUGCCUCGCGCACAAAGACGGAGAGACUGCUACAUCGAGAGCAGCAGCAACAAUGAACAUACCGAUGACCCUAUCCUCGUAUUCCACAACAUCAUUGGAGGAUGUCAUUGCACAGGGAAACGGAAACCCAUACAUGAUGCAGAUGUGUAUCGUGAAGGAUAGAAAUAUCACAAAGCAACUGCUGAAGAGAGCCGAAAGUGCAGGUUAUCGGGCGCUUUUCCUUUCAGUCGAUGUGCCAAUCCUUGGUCGCCGCUUAGGCGAAAUGCGUUCCAACUUCACAUUGCCCGAAGGGAUGUCAUUUCCCAAUCUGUUGUCGGAGGGACAGGAUGAAUUUGGCGCACCGGAUGGCAAGAACAACGGUCCCCAAGCUUUCGAUGAUACCCUGGAGUGGGACGAAAUCAUCCCUUGGCUGAAAGAAAAUACCAAGAUGCAGAUAUGGCUCAAGGGAAUUUCUUCGCCAGAAGAUGUGGAGCAGGCGAUAGCGGCAGGGGUGGACGGCGUUGUCAUCUCAAACCAUGGCGGACGUCAGCUAGACGGCGUUCCUGCUACUCUUGACUCUUUGCGUCAGUGUGCACCAAUCGCCAAAGGCCACAUCCAGAUUGCAGUAGACGGAGGGAUAAGGAGGGGUUCUGAUAUCUUCAAGGCCAUCGCGCUUGGUGCAGACUUCUGUUUGCUCGGCAGAAUCGCCAUUUGGGGUCUUGCGUACAAAGGUCAAGAUGGCGUUGAGCUUGCUGUCAAGAUCUUGCUCGAAGAGUUCAAGUCCACAAUGGCAUUGGCCGGGUGUAGGUCGGUAGCCGAGAUUACUCGCAACCAUUUGAGUGUUCUCGAACAUGGCGGUGUUCUAGCCAAGCUAUGA